AUGAUAAUGUCGGAAAGAAAUGAAAUGUUAUCAUCAGUCAAAAAUGAAGAAAAAAAUCGUCUAAAAUUACUUUUACAAAAUAAGAUAGCAUCUGAUUGUCCAAAAGAUUUAUCACCUGAAGAAAAUAGUAGAAGAAUACUAAGAAAUAUUUAUAAAAAAAGAGUUGAUCAAUAUGGAUUUGAAACAAAGCAUUUUAAUACAAUUGUAUUUAACUCAAAUAUUUACAGUUUAAUAUACCCAUUUGCUGGUGAAUUUGCUAUAACAUAUUCAAAUGGAAGAUUUUUACCAUUUAAUGAUAAUACAACAUUUGAUAUUCAUAAAUUUUAUAAACUUGAUAUAACAAAUAGUGAUGAACUGACAACAUAUGAUUUUGAAUUAUCCGAUUUGGCUGCAGGUAAAUUGGUAGAAUAUAUAUCUGGUAAUGAAAAUCCUCAAAAUUCUGUUCAUUAUAUUGUACAAAUAUUAAAUAAAAUUAAAUAUGACAACAAAAAUUGGACAGUAAUAUAUUUUUUAUAUUUUUUUCUUAUAAAUGCACAUAUCAGCAAAAAAUCAUGUUAUAUAAUAUUCGCAAUUACACGUUACACAAUAUGGAUAAUAUUUUUAAUAGUCGUAUUUUUACGAUUUUUUAACAUUCCAAGAAUAUAA